GUUAUCAUCGCUGCGGUCCACGUGGAGACUGUAGAUUCGUUUUCUCGGGGAGGGAGCAUCGGCCGCUGAACGUCUGGCGUACGUUUUCUCAUCCGCCGUACGAUCAGCAUACCAGAGGCGCGUCUCGUCGGUGUCGGUAGCGUCGUCGCGGCGCGUCCUCCUAUAAACGAACGCGGAAGGUGGGGGUGUGUGCUGUAUUACGAUCUUUCUUGCUGAUGUGGAAGUCGCGCGAGCCGUAGCGAGAGAGAUUUUAUUUCAACUCAUCUGUCGUUUCUUCAUUCCGACGUAAGAAAGACGUCUCGUAAAUUCACCGAGCCUCUGGGUCGACGAUCUCUCCCUUUUUCUCUCUUCAUUGCACCUUUCCCUUUGUUUUUUCCUUCGUCCCGCUUGUACAAUUUCCGUAUAUAGUCUGCGAGCGCUCAUGUUCCUCCAAAUCCUAAUUGGUUUUUCCAUCCUGGCGACGGCGAUUCCGAAGCAGGUGAUCCCGGAUGGCGAGCAUCGCAUUUUAAACAAGGAUGCAGGCAGUAAAGAUCACUAUGUUCACUCCCAACACAAUCCAGCCUAUGAUCACGAAGCUUUCCUUGGAGAAGAAGCCAAAACCUUUGAUCAGCUGACUCCUGAGGAAAGUACGAGGCGAUUGGGGAUAAUUGUUGAUAAAAUAGAUAAGGAUAACGAUGGCUAUGUGACGCAAGAGGAACUUAAAGAUUGGAUAAUGUACACACAGCAACGUUACAUCAGGGAUGACGUGGAGCGUCAAUGGAUAUCCCACAAUCCGAUGGGGAAGGAGAAAUUGUCUUGGACGGAAUACAAAGACAUGGUUUACGGUGAUAUGGAGGAACAAGAGGCGGAAAGACGAGAGAGCGACAAAACGGACGAGUCGUUCUCGUAUGUUCAAAUGUACAAAAGAGAUCGCAGGAGAUGGACCACUGCGGAUCUGGAUGGUGAUGAUGCUCUGACCAAAGAAGAAUUCACUGCCUUUCUUCACGCAGAAGAUGCGGAGCACAUGAAGGACGUGAUAGUGCUGGAAACGAUGGAGGAUAUUGAUAAGGAUGAAGAUGGAAAGAUAUCUCUUGCAGAAUAUAUUGGCGAUAUGUACAGAGGCGAGGAAGGUGAAGAGGAACCAGAAUGGGUAAAAAACGAAAAAGAACAGUUCUCCUUGUAUAGAGACAAAAAUGGGGAUGGAUUCUUGAACGCUGACGAAGUAAAAACGUGGAUUAUUCCUGCGGAAUUUGAUCACGCUGAGGCGGAGUCAAGGCACUUGAUCUAUGAAGCGGACACAGAUGCGGAUCACAAACUAACGAAAAGCGAGAUUUUGGAGAAAUAUGACAUCUUUGUCGGAUCACAGGCGACGGACUUCGGCGAGGCAUUAGCGAGGCAUGAUGAAUUUUAAUGAGACGUAAUCUCAUAAGAAAGAAAUCACUAACGAACAAAUUACUUAUAAUACUGAAAUCUACUUAAGAUAUAGUUUAUCUAAGAAGAAGAAUACCUAUUUACUGUAAUAAAUAGAUUUUAUAUAUCGUGGUAUUUACAUAAUU